AUGCAUCAGAAACCAUCCUUGUCGUCCACAAAGAAAGCACUAGGAAACUUGAGUAUAAUGAUCAUGUCUGCACCAGCUGGACCGCAAUUAAUUAAGUCUGUGGGAGUGGAUGGUGGUGGGAUUGGUUUUGAUAAACCACUGCUGCAGUUCUUGUUAUGGAUGUUGGGAGGAAGAGAGGAUUGCUCUCUUCCACCUCAAAGCUUUUUUACCGACCCCGAUGGCAAUUCCCCGUUUUACUGGUCAGAGAAACAAAAGGAAGCUGACUGCUGUGAGUGGACUGAUAUAAUUGAGUGUGAUACCACCACAAAAAGAGUGAUCGGACUGUCUCUUUGGGGUUCAGGGGAUAGGAGUAUGCAUGCAGAAUCGGCAUCUGAAUGCAUCUUUGUUUCUGCCUUUCAAAGAAUUGAAGAGUCUCAGCUUAGCUGA